GACUGCGGAUGUACUACAGGAGAUGACCAGAGACUGCGGACAUAGUACAGGAGAUGACCAGAGACUGCGGACAGUACAGGAGAUGACCAGAGACUGCGGACACAGUACAGGAGAUGACCAGAGACUGCGGACAGUACAGGAGAUGACCAGAGACUGCGGACACAGUACAGGAGAUGACCAGAGACUGCGGACACAGUACAGGAGAGGACCAGAGACUGCGGACACGGUACAGGAGAUGACCAGAGACUGCGGACACAGUACAAGAGAUGACCAGAGACUGCAGACACAGUACAAGAGAUGACCAGAGACUGCGGACACAGUACAGGAGAUGACCAGAG